AUGGCCUCCAACUUUCAAAAUGGGAGAGUAGCAUUCGAAUCUCUGAAGGAUGGAGCUUCAGAUGAGCAACAGGGCUCUACAACUACAAACUACAAAAUGGGCCUGAUGAUGUCUUCUGUGCACAACGAGUACUCCGAUUUGGAAGAUGAAAGCUCAGAGGAAACUUUCGAAGAGACUGAACCAGCCAACGUUCCACAAGCUAGUGAUGCCGAUGAUUACAAAGAUGUCUCGGGGAAAUACACCCGAUACGGUAUUGGAGCCAAAUUGAUGAUGAAGAUGGGAUAUCAGCAAGGUAAAGGCCUAGGUUCUGACCAAUCUGGCAUUGUCAAUCCUAUUGAAUCGGUGGGAACAAAGGGCAGAGCCGGUAUUGGAUCGGCAAAGCAGACGGUCACGGAUAAAGGCUCUGCGGCGGUAGCGGCAGCAGCAACAGGUACAAAAGCGGCUCUUGUACUGGAUGAAGAAAGCGAUAUGGACGACGCGGAGACAAAGGAGAUGGGUCGGUUGAAACUAAAAGUUUUCGACAUCUUGCUCAAGUUGGAAAAGUUUGGACUCGAGUUACCGGGCCAUCUUUCAAACUGGGCUCAAGGACUACGGCAGGGCGUGCCAACUCUAUUGGAUCCCAUAGAAAACACUUAUAGACAGCUCAAGGAUAUAUAUGAAAACAUGAUGGUUUUGGACCAGAGACAAAAAUCGAUGGAUUUUGAAUUAUCUCAAUCUUAUGAUCUUGAAACUGAGAUCGAAGACGAGAUACUGCAAUUAGAGGCAACGCAGAACUUGUUUCGUGAUAUUGACGUCGACAAGUUUUCAGAAUCCUUGUCCUUGUCCUCUUCCUCCUCCACCUCCAUCAUUGACAAGUCAUGGCUCCAACAGAUAUCGCUAUUCAAGGACUCUUCCAUGAUCAAGAGUGAUCUCCAAGAAUCCGCAUUUUUGAGCUUGGUGCAAUCAAAACUCGCCAGCUUGCUCAGUGUGGACCUAGCGGAUUUGGAAAUGCAAGAGAGCGUCGUGAUUCCGGCACUACAUGAGCUAUCACGAUAUUUUCUUUCGACACAUGCACAGAGAGGCGGCAGCCCUGCCCAGCUUGAUCUUUAUUUAUUGAAAUAUUACUCAGAUUCAUUCAAAAAACUCAUCACGAGUACUAGGGAGGCCCAUGGAGAUCAAACUUGUGACCAAGUAAUGGUUGCAAUAUUGUCGCUUUGGCUGAGUUUACCUGUCUUUGUCGACAUGGACGGUGCCUUGUAUUGGCUCUUGCAAGAGAUAUUUGCAAAUCGCAUGGCCUGGUACAUCGACGCCUGGGAUCCGCAUUCGACGCAUAUAUUAGACAUUAUCGUGAUGGACUACUUGACUGUGUUUUCUAGACAAACCGGUGCCCAGUUGAGCAGAGUCUACAAUGCGUUGACAGCAAAGAUUCAUGGUUACUUGGACCAUGAUAGCACAAACUCCAUGUGGUUUGAGCUCAAGCUGGCCACGAAACUCCGUGACACAAGGACCCAAUUGGAGUUGAUAUUCAACAUCUUGCUACCGCAAAUUGCUGUUCACAACAGCAAGCUGCAAUCGGCCUCACUUGCUAGUUUAGCGGAAAAAUCGCUUGUCAGCUGGAUAAGCGAAUCCAAUCUUGAUGAUGAAUUCACAUUUGAUGUUUUGUUAACGGUGUGCCAAGCUGCCAAGUUCAAAUCCAGUUUGCGCAUCCUUCAGUAUAUGGUUUUCAACAAAUGGCUACAAAUUGCAGUUCAACUCCAUGCGAACCAAACGGAUCCGACCCGAAUACCGCGGUGGUUUUCGAAAUGGUAUUCGUAUUUCACGCAGAAACUGGCCAUUAUGGACGAUGAUGAUGAUGUGUUUGAGGAAGUGGUCACGUGGUAUUUGGCGAAGGCAUUGAAGAUGAUUCAACUGAAUUUCGACCUGAAUGAAUGCCAAUCUUUACCGAGAUUAAAUGGCGAGAUACUACCUACACCUGACCAAUUUUUUCACUUUGACCAUGCGAGCACACCCGAUGCCAGUGGUCUAGCGUCUGACCAAUUGAUGGUUACAUUCAAGGAUAUGGUUGAUGAUUUCUGUUUCGAUCAUGGCAUAUCAGUGACUUCCUUGCGAGGAAGAUUCCAUGAAACAAAAGGGUUCCCCAUCAUGGAGUUUGCCCGAGGGCAAGGCAGGCCCAUACACGCGUACAUUAACGAUGAAGUAUUGUGGAUUUGCAGUUCUUCUGGAGACCCUGAAAGAGGCGACUACGAGCCAAUUGAUUUUACAACCCUACUGGACAUUGUAUAG